CCGCUUCCGGUCCCAUAAUCCUCUGUCCGCCUAGAAGAGCUUUGCAUUGUGGGAACUCCUUCCUUUCUCGCUCCCCGGCCAUCUUGGCGGCUGAUCUUGGUUGGGGGCUGUCUCGCACCUAAGGCAGGAAGAUGGUGGCCGCAAAGAAGACGAAAAAGUCUCUGGAGUCGAUCAACUCUAGGCUCCAGCUUGUUAUGAAAAGUGGAAAGUACGUGCUGGGGUACAAACAGACUCUGAAGAUGAUCAGACAAGGCAAAGCGAAGUUGGUUAUCCUCGCCAACAACUGCCCAGCUUUGAGGAAAUCUGAAAUAGAAUACUAUGCCAUGUUGGCUAAAACUGGUGUCCAUCACUACAGUGGCAAUAAUAUUGAAUUGGGCACAGCAUGUGGAAAAUACUACAGAGUCUGCACACUGGCUAUCAUUGACCCAGGUGAUUCUGAUAUUAUUAGAAGCAUGCCAGAGCAGACUGGUGAGAAGUGAACAAGAAAGUUUUCCUUUAAUAAAACUUUGCCAGAGCUCCUUUUGAAAAAAUA